GGGGCGAUAAUGGCGGAGUAUCUGGCAUCCAUUUUCGGCACAGAGAAAGACAAGGUUAAUUGUUCCUUUUAUUUCAAAAUUGGAGCGUGCAGACAUGGAGACCGCUGCUCGAGAUUGCACAACAAACCAACCUUCAGCCAGACCAUCUUGAUACAGAACAUCUACCGCAAUCCACAGAACAGUGCUCAGACGGCUGACGCUUCUCGCUGCGCAGUCAGUGAUGUGGAAAUGCAGGAACAUUACGACGAGUUCUUCGAGGAAGUUUUCACAGAGAUGGAGGAGAAGUACGGAGAGGUGGAGGAGAUGAACGUGUGUGACAACUUAGGCGACCAUCUUGUCGGCAAUGUCUAUGUAAAGUUUCGCCGUGAAGAGGACGCAGAGAAAGCAGUUUUGGACCUGAACAACCGCUGGUUCAACGGCCAACCCAUCAACGCAGAGCUCUCCCCUGUUACUGACUUCAGAGAGGCCUGCUGUCGCCAGUAUGAAAUGGGAGAGUGCACUCGAGGCGGCUUCUGCAACUUCAUGCAUCUGAAACCCAUCUCACGGGAGCUUCGAAGGGAGCUUUACGGUCGCCGCAAGAAAAAGAACCGCUCUCGCUCCCGAGAACGACGUUCCCGCUCCAAGGAUCGUCGGCGUGACCGCGAGAGGCGGAGGUCAAGGGAUCGAGAACGCUCCGGAAGAUUCUGAAAGAAGCCAAAACCCACCCACUGAAUCCCUCCUUCCUAACUCACAGC